AUGGCAGAAGCCCGACCUACCCAGACUCCGCCUGCUCGAAUCCAGCCGAUGAGGUAUGUGUCUCCUCGAGAGACUUCCGACCACGCAAGUUACCUUGGCCCAGACCCGCCGUCCUGCCCUCAAGACCAUGCUCUUUAUGAAGGACAGAAUAUGAAGUCUCAGCAGUACCGAAGACUAGCUCGUGAGAAGCUCCAGAAGUACCGCAGAUAUGCUGGCAUGAGGCCUACAAUUGAGAUUGACGGUGCGAGUUAUCAGCACAGGAAAAAUACAAAAUCCUCUGUGACUGGGCUCCAAGGUCCAAACAUUCAGAAUCUACUCACCGUGAUGGAGGGUCUCACUUCUAGCAAAAGAUCUGCUUCUAAGGAAAUCGAAAUGACCUCGAGGACCUCAAACUUAAAGGGUCCAGAUCGGAACGUUCUCGCUCCCAGAAACGAAAUAGACUUGCGCUUACGGCAGCAUAUAUUAGCUGCACGUCCUAACAAUGGAGUUGAGAAUCGAUUGGCUGAUUCGCGUCCGAAGUCCUAUCACCAGGUUGAAUGCGCAGUAUUUGAUGUAGACAUCGAAGAUGGCAUAUCCUCCGAGCGUAGGUUCACUGAAUGUGAGAGCAUUGGAUCACUGGUGCUACCGCCUCCGGUAGUAACAAGAAAUACAAGAGAAGCACAAUCAUUGCAGCAGGGGAGGGACGACCUUUCAUAUCUUCAUGAUUUCAGUGAUUGUCCGAUUGACAGAUCUGUUCUUGUGUACUAUGAAAAAGAGGAGAAGAGAUCCAAAGAAUAUGCCGUCGAUAACUUUGCCAGCACUAGUGCUGCAAAGGAACUGCAUUCCAACAAGACUUUCCAGGUUGCUCCCAGCCACUGUCAUGUGCGUUCUAACAACAGUGAUAAGGAUAUUGUUGCGCGCAAGCACGCACAGCCGUUUGGCACGGCUUCUUCAGAAAGCGCUGGUAGGAACAGGGGAUGUUCAGAUUCUUGCAGUCAAAACACAACAAGGUCGACAGCAGCAAAAGGUCAGCUGCUCGAUUAA